CAAACAGUGUAUAAGGUAAUGUACCCAAAACACAAUGCUUCAGUGCUUCCUGUUUACAUACACACCCAACCUCCAACUUGAGUUUCCACUAUUUGAUUAGAAUUAGCACUGUUUUAAAAGGGGUUUCUAGCUUUCUGCCAGGCGGUAACUCCAACAAGAGCUGAUAAGUGAGCUUAUUCAAUUCAUCAACACAGUGGUGGAGGUGGAGUCUUUUCUUAAUGUUUUCAUUGGAUCCGCUUCCUGCAGCAGCUCCAGUGAGAAUGCAGUGUGCUGCACUGAUCUCCAGCACUGAAUCUCUGCUUGUGAAUGUGAGAUCUGAAUGUGCUUUCAUUGGACUCAGAUCAUUACACUUUUGUCAAAGCCCCCUUUCUUGUGAUCCCCUUCUCUCUAAUUUUGAGAAUCUUUUCAGACCUGUUUAUUUUUGUCAGAAUCUCCGUUCUCAAUUGGGACAGCCUCCGGGACGUCUUGCUUUUGAGAUGUCUACAGAUUCAAGUGUAUUUUUCUUUAAACAUGCAGGCGUACUUUGUGAUUAUUUCUCAGUUCCAGUGGAGUGGGGUUUUGAAUUUGACCAGUUUUGCAGUUGCAGUAUGUGCUUUUGAUUCUGUGGGGUGUUGGAGAUUGUUUUCAAAGAGGUGGUGUGCUCGGGGCGUGUCCUCCUUUGUCUGGAAGUUUGAACAAAAAGCUUUGUAGGAAAUGCAAGAACUCCAAGUAAUGCAGCAAAGGUUAGCUUGGGGCAGCUACAGCUAUGUAGACUGAAGAGGCUUUUAUUGCAGCCGGGUCAUUUCACAGUGAUGUGUCGUGUUUCUAACAGUGUACACUGUGCAGUUAGUAGAGGGGUCCUGUAGGGUGCUUUGUAGUGCACUCUGGUAUACGAUUUCUAAUAGUCCAGGGUACACUGUUUGGUACAGAUGUGUGAGACACACAAAUACACAGCAGAAGAUCCAGUACUCUGUUCUGCGGAGCUUCUUCAUUUAAAAGCAAGGCAACCUGAAUGAAUUGCUCAGGUUUCAUGUGUCUUCAGUGCAUGUUGCUGAAGCAUUUUGGCAGACCGCUUUAUUCUGCACUCUUACUAAUGUUGUGUAUUGAUGUUAGGCAUGCAUCCGGCAUCUGCCGUAGAGACUUCUCAAGUAGAUUCUGUAAGACGUGGUGCUCUUUUGGCACUUUCCAAUGGUGUAUAUAUUUAUGAAACCUUAGGUGUUUUUUUUUUUGUUUUGUUUUUUUUCAACAAAUCGGAUUUGCUCAGAAGAGUGACACAUUUUAACAGCUGUAGAAAUGAACAGAACACUUUGUAAAUUGUACAAUAAACAAUCUGAAACUGCAAACUGCAGGCUGAAACUGCAGCACAGUGUCACUGCUCACUGGACAGGCUGAAACUGCAGCACAGUGUCACUGCUCACUGGACAGGCUGAAGCUGCAGCACAGUGUCACUGCUCACUGGACAGGCUGAAACUGCAGCACAGUGUCACUGCUCACUGGACAGGCUGAAGCUGCAGCACAGUGUCACUGCUCACUGGACAGGCUGAAGCUGCAGCACAGUGUCACUGCUCACUGGACAGGCUGAAGCUGCAGCACAGUGUCACUGCUCACUGGACAGGCUGAAACUGCAGCACAGUGUCACUGCUCACUGGACAGGCUGAAACUGCAGCACAGUGUCACUGCUCACUGGACAGACUGAAGCUGCAGCACAGUGUCACUGCUCACUGGACAGGCUGAAGCUGCAGCACAGUGUCACUGCUCACUGGACAGGCUGAAACUGCAGCACAGUGUCACUGCUCACUGGACAGGCUGGAACUGCAGCACAGUGUCACAGCUCACUGGACAGGCUGAAACUGCAGCACAGUGUCACUGCUCACUGGACAGGCUGAAACUGCAACACAGUGUCACUGCUCACUGGACAGGCUGAAACUGCAGCACAGUGUCACUGCUCACUGGACAGGCUCGGGAUUAAAGUGCUGUAAUUGAGCAAUAUGUGUUGCAUUCAGCAGUGUGUUUAUUGGAGACGAUGUGUUGAGUGCUUGUUUUGUUUUGUUUUGUACUGUAUGUAUAAACAGAUCUUGUGUUCAAUAGUACAGCUUGCAGUUAAACAGUACAGGUCCACUGGGUUAUAAAGCUUAAUAUUCACUAGAAUCUGUUGUUGUUUAACCCAAAUCCAUGGCAGGCUGCUCAUGUGAUUGAGGAGCUUGUGAGAUGGGUCAAAGUGUACUGUGCAGGUUUUCAGAGGAGCCGCGAUCUGUCAGGAGAAACACACAAGAGAAUGAGCGUCACAUUCGCGAUAUUCUUCUGCCUUUUCAGUCUUUCUAAUGCUUUGUACAAGCAGUGGAUUCCGGACACUAACUUUGAAAAUGUAUCAAACUGGGACAAGGGCAGAGUGCCCUGCGCUAACGACCGGGUCUAUUUUCAACACGAUCAGAAAGCCUCUGUUUAUGUCCAGUCCACCCACUCCAUCGUAGAAAUGUAUCUGCCGAUGGAUGGAGAGCUCAUCUUGGCGUUCGGUGCUGGAUUUGCAGGCAGUGAGGGCGGGAGUGACCCCGGGUGCGAGGGAGGAGGAGACAGAAUCACCUUUCAGGACCCUGACAGGUACCAGUGGUACGACCCGACCCUGUGGAGAGCAGCCUCCACCCCUGAUGACCUGGAGAAUGGUAGAUUCCAGUUUUCUGUGCACGAGGAGAGCGUCCCCUGCGAACACGACGAUGUGAUCUUCCUGCCCGACUCUUCGUUCCGGGUCAGCACAGACUCUGAUGUGAGCCGCAUUUCCCUGAGGUCUGUCUCCAUCAUGGAGAAGAAGUUCUCCCGGGAGGAGGAGUUUGCCCGCUACCUGCAGUCCGGCUCGGGGAAGCUGCAGUUCCACGGCAGCGGCACAGUGGAGGUGACAAACCGCAGAUGCAGCGAGAGCUCAGGGUGCGACUGCGGGAACACUGCGAACCACGAGCGGAUCUGCGCUGCUCUGCACCAGCACUCCCAGUGUCCCGAUCUAGAAUGCUGGAGCCCCCUGACUCCUAUUGGACACUGCUGUGGAAUAUGUGGUGCCGUCGUCUCCCUGGAGUAUUCCCCGGAUUUCAAUGUGGAGUCCUACAGGAACCGGCUGCUUCAUUUGUUUCUGAGCCUGCCGUCGUACAGAGGGGUGCGCAUGGCCAUGUCCAAGGUGUCCAGGCCCCAGUCCUUCUCAUGGCUCGUCCCCCGGGAGGCUGACUCGGAGAUCCAGGUGGUGCUGCAGGAGGAGGGGAGCGGCUCGAAGGCUGAAGCUCUAGCCUGGGAGAUCAUGAAGGACAUUCACUCCCAAGGCAGCAGCUUGGGGAUUGUGAAGGGGGAGGUCCAGACUUCCACGGGCAGCCACGCCAGUGGGCAGGGGGGCUCUGUGGAUGGCGGGAUGAUUGCGGGCGCGGUGAUCGGGGUCCUGCUGGCCCUGGUGGGGCUGGGGUCCCUGGUGGUCCUCUUCACUCGAGGGAUGAUCAGGGUCCCCAACCUGAGUUCCCUUCAGUUUGUGAAGAAGGACAGUGACCUCGAUAACCUGGGAGACUCAAUCGACAAGGGCUUCGAUAACCCCAUGUUUGACACGUCCCCCCACCUGCCCGCUGAUCUCCACGGACUGUACUCUGGGUCCGAAGCUCUGAAGGGCAUCUCUAUCACUAACUCUGGCGUCCACUUUGUUAACCCAGCCUACGAUGAAACCGACUUCACUGCCUAAACCAGCCUGCUACCCACCCCCCCUCAACACUCUGUCUUCUAGCUAUACAGCUCUGAUUGCAAUGACCCCUUAUCAAAGUGGUAAAACCGCUGUGCUAUUACAUUCUGAUCCUCACCCUUCUAGAUCGAAAUGCAGCUUCCCAUUUUAAUUGAGCGCCUUGAGAAUCAUGUAGGACUGUCAGGCUGUGCCCUAUCUUAGUUUUAAAUCCUGUCUUCUGAAUAGGUUACAAUGUGUUCAAAUUGAGGACUCCUCCUCCUCCUCCUUCUUCUCCAGUUCCACGGACGUGGCGUCCCGCAGGGCUCUGUUCCUGGACCAGUCUUGUUUUACCUCUAUGUGCUCCCCCUGAGCGGUGAUAUCUGACACGGGAAACUUUCACUGCGAUGCUGAUGACGCACCACUGUAUCUAUCUCUGAAGCCAGGUGACUCCACAUCUGCAAACACCUUCACUAGCUGUCUCACUGAUAUUAAGAAAUGGAUGGCAACACAUUUUCUACUGUUAAAUUCUGAUAAAGCAGAAGUCAUAAUGGUGGGGUUAAGAAAUCAACGAGAGAGGGUAAAUCAAUGUGCCUGUACAGUGGACAGCUACCCCACUGAGUCUUAAAGAUAGAAAUCAGAAAUGUGGCUGAAGACAUAUUCUUCUAGUCUGUCCCAUACAUGAUGACUGCUGUUGCCCUUUUCCUGUGUGUUUUAUUUGAUCAUACGUCUGUAUUUUACUGCAUUUACUCGUGUGCUGCUCUGCUUCCAAUGCAUACAGCUCUGUACGUUUGCAUGUUUUCCAUGUGAAGCGCUCUGUGGGAAUUUGUUGCAAAGGGCGCUAUACUAAAACAUUUGCUUGAUUGUUUCUAAGAAAGAACUACAGAAUAAAAACUCUACUAGUGCAGAAUGAAA